AAAUGUCGAAGAUACCUCUUCCCCAAAAGCGAGAAUCCACGGCUGAUUCGGUGUCUGAUGUCUCCUUACAAGGGAAAAACUUUCAGUGCACGCCAAUGAAAGUUCAGAAAUUGGACUUAGAAGGCCCAUCAACUUUAAAGGGGGCUGCUAAAGAACCGGGAUCAGGCGUAAAAAAAUCGCAAAAAGAUUUUGACGUCAGGAGCUUGAGACAAGCGCGUGUUCUCCUGGAGACUGAAAAUACGAAGUUAUCAACAUCUGUAUGUACUCUGACUGCGGAGAAGGAAAUACUGGAAGAGAAACUACGGCAAUCUGAGGAAAGUAAACAGGAGACACAAAAAACAUUGCAGUCUAAAUUGGAACGAAAAAACGAGCAAUUGAGAGAAAUAGAAAAACGAAUGGAGUAUUGCCAGAACUCAAACGAACUCUUGGAAACUAAAUUGAACAAUAUUGUAUUCCAGCAUGAAACGGAUUUACAGGCGGAGAAAACAAAAAGCUCAAAGCUGGAAAAUGAAGUUUCGGAGCUGUCUGAGAAGUUAAGACAGGUUCAGUCACAGUUAGAUAGUGCACAAAGUAGGGAAAAGAUAUACAUGAAAGUGCAAAGCUCGAUUCAAAAUAAGAAAGACAGUGAGGUGGCUCGGCUGAAAGAGAAAAUAGCUGAAAACGAGAGUUUCAUUUCGAAGCAUUUCGAGUCGAAGCAGAAGAUGGGGCGAAUUCAUGAACUGGAAAAUGAAAUUAAAGAUCUCAAAGUUAAGCUCAAAGAGUUUGAGACCUCUCAAGUUAUAAACUCCUCUAACAGAAGUCUGGAAAAAAGAGUCCUGGACCUUCAGUCGAAACAUUCCGAGAGCAUCGAUGAAAUAAAGUUCUACAAGGAACUCAGUGGGAACACAAUGUUGCUGAGCGAGGAAAAGCGAACACUUCAAGAGUCCAACAAACAUCUUCAGGCUGAGAUCGACAGACUUCUCCCGGCUGAAGAGAAGCGACAAGUGAUGGAAUUUGAGUUAAAACGCUGGAGUACUGUAAUACAGUCGUUUUACCCAGACUUAGUGACGCCUAACUCCAUUUUAGUGAAGUUGGAAAGUUUAACGACAGAAUUGGCGCUGGUGAAAUCAGAAUUGAUAGACGCUAAAAACGCAAUUCUCAACAAACAUGAAUCAGUGUCUGACAAUUGCGAGAAACUGAACACUACAAAUUCGAGAUUAGAGGCUGAAAUUGCUGAGUUGAAACAGGAAAAAGAGGAAUUAGAGACUAAAAUGCGGUUCCUCGAGAAGAAACUGAUGUUGACGGAGAAGCAACGAGACUCGAAGACAAACUUGUUGACUUCGUUUGAGGUUGAGAGCGGAAUGGGUGAUGAUAAAAGAAGUGCUCAGAUAAUCAGUGAGUUGCAGAGCGAAGUGGCGAAUUACAAAGAGAUGGUGGAAGAUUAUGAUAGGACUGUGAAGGAACUCAGAGCUCAGGCACAAGAAUUGCAGAAAGUACUGUUGAAUCGAACCAGAGCCACUGAAUCAGACGCCACAUUUGCGAACCAGACCGGAGAUUUAAGUCUUUUACUAACUAGUCAAAGUUCUACCAGACAGGAUUUGGAGAAGACGAUGGAAGGUGCUUCAUUGGACAGGACAGCGAUGAAUUUGGAGAAGGAAAAUCUGGAGACCAGGACCAAUUCAGCCGAGGGAUUCAAAGUUGUGACUCUGAAAGAAGACCUUGCGACUGAAAUGAAGCGAGCCAUCUAUACUGAACUGGCUCAACUGAGGAGUGAGAAUGCACAUUUGAAAGAGAAGACACUGAGACUAGCGGCUGAGAAGCAGAGACUGAUGAAUGAGAGUAUGGCUGUACCUGUGGGUGACCGAACUAUGGCCUCUUGUGUUCAGGGAUCGACAGAGUACCAAACUCUGGAAAAAGAAAUGCUGACUCUGGAAGCGUUGUUCCAGGCAUGCAAAACGAGAUUGAAGGAUAUGCGAGAGAUCAUCCGAUGUCUCGGAUAUGAAGUGGAAUUCAAGAAGACAGAGGCUAAAGUGGUGAUCCUUGUGCCAAUAUUCAGACCACCUCCAAGUGAAACCACAAUCAGCGAGUCUGACAACUACUUCCUGGAACUGGAGAAGAUGGAGAACAAGUGGCACAUCAUGCCUGUGGAGACAUUUCUCUAUGAGUCAUACUCUCACCUACUUUCCAGUGAUUUGACCCACUCUGCGCCCUUUUUCGCCCAUGUUAUACAAGAGCUGUACUCUGAGUUUGAACCCGUUGAAAGCCAUGGCUGAAGUGGACGUCUACAAACACGGACCAAGAAAAUGCUGAGAUAGUUAGUUGAACUUGGGAAUAGUUUCAUGGAAAUUAGCGCAUUUUAAUUAAACUAUGAUAGUGUGUAAAUUAAAUUUUGAGGAUUGCUUAGCUCUGAUCUUUGUUUUCUGCUCUUUGUGUGUAAAGAUUUUUCUGAGAAUUGAA